AUGAUGAUAUAUGCAGCAGCUAUCACAACAACACAACAGAAUAAACAACAAAUACCAGAAGAGACACCAAACAACCAACAAAAAACCAUAAAUUAUCAUAAAAAACCAAAAUGGCAAAUCCGAGUUGAACAAAAAAUACACACCAUAAGGAAAGACAUAGGUAGACUAAAACAAGCAAUAAAAGGUAAUAUGUCAAAAAACAUAACAAAAUACAUCAACACACUCUUGGACAUAAAUAAUAACAAUUACACAGUCAACCAGCUGCUGGACACGCACAAACAAAAACUUGCCGUAUAUGCAGCAAGACUCAAAAGAUAUAACGAAUCAUAUAAGAGGAAAAUCGAAAACACAACAUUCUUAAACAGUGAAAGAACAUUCUACAGAAAACUAAACACAGAACAAGAAAUAGGAUCCAUACAACCAACUAAAAAAGAAAUAACCACUUUCUGGACACAGAUAUGGUCAAACACAACUGAACACAACACACACGCAACAUGGAUAACAGACGAGAAACAGAAAUAUGAAGACAUGCCAGAACAAGCCGAAUACAGAAUAACGGAAGACGAGCUAAAAAAAACAAUACGCAGCACACAUAAUUGGAAACACCCAGAACCAGAUCACAUACAAAACUUCUGGUACAAGAAAUUUACAACUACACAUCCAUACCUAACACAGCAGAUAAAUAAGAUAAUAGAGGACCCCCAAGAACUCCCGAGGUUCCUAACCGAAGGGAUCACUUUCACUAAACCCAAAAAUCAAAACACUGAAAACUCAGCAAACUAUAGACCCAUUACGUGCCUACCAACACUAUAUAAAAUAAUAACAAGUACAAUAUGCCGACAAAUUGAUACACACCUCACAAAAAACAAUAUAAUCUCAGAAGAACAAAAAGGAUGCAGAAGAAAUAGCCAAGGAUGUAAAGAACAACUUAUCAUAGACAGUAUAAUAAUGAACCAAGCAAAAAAGCAGCAACGAAACCUACACACAUGCUAUAUAGACUACAAAAAAGCCUUUGACUCAGUACCACCACAUACAUGGCUUAUAGAAAUUCUAAAAAUAUACAAAAUAAACAAACAUACACAACAAUUCCUAAAACACACCAUGUCAACAUGGAGAACCAGAAUCAUACUAAAAACACCAACGGAUACAAUAAGAACGGAAGAAAUAAAAAUUAAAAAGGGCAUCUUCCAAGGAGAUACACUAAGUGCCUUAUGGUUCAACAUGUGCCUAAACCCAUUAUCCACAAUAUUAAACAAUAGUAAAUAUGGAUUCCAAAUCAGAAAUAUCAGACAAACGCAGUACACAAUAAACCACUUAAUGUAUGUAGACGACAGAAAACUAUACGCAGCAACAGAAACACAGUUAAAUACACUUUUAAAAAUCACAGAAAACUUCACAUCCGACAUAAAAAUGCAAUUCGGAAUAGACAAAUGCAAAACAACACAUAUCGAAAGAGGACAAUGGAUCACAGACGAUACACAAAGAACAUUACAGAACGAAACACUACAAAACUUAGAAAAACACGAAACAUACAAAUACCUCGGCUUCGAACAAAAUACCAAGAUAAAUCACACAGAAAUUAAAAAAUACUUACAAAAACAAUACAAUCAAAGACUCACAAAAAUACUUAAAACUAAACUAAACUCAAAAAACCUCGUCAAAGCAAUAAACCAUACGCAAUAA